AUGGACAAGUUUUCGUACCCGGAAUACUAUGAUUUUCCACCCUUCUUUACGCUACAGCCUGUGCGUACUACGCGAGAAAAGCAGCUUGUAUUGUGGCAGCAACUUGUACUUGAGUAUCAUCGGGCACAUGACGUGCCCAUCUUCCAGCCAUUGGCCUCAACGCUUUUUGAAAAUGCUAAAAUCUCCCGCAAUAUGGCGCAGGAAGGGCGAAUGGCGGUAGUGGAGCACUUAAUCCGUUGCGGCCAUGGAAGAUGGGAAGAUGACACGAAGACACGGUGUCGUCUAAUGUGGAAGAAACCAAUCGAAUGGGCUGCUGAUAUCUACGACUUUGCCAAAGAACACGGCAUGAUUGGCAACGUGUUUACAGUCUAUGAAUUAUACGCAGGAGAGGAAACGCUGGGCACAAGCAUUCACGGGAUGGAACCCUGGUUACUCCGUGAGGCACUGAACGUACUGGAAAGAGAGGGAAAAGCGGCAGUAAUUGCUGGAGAUACAUGCGAAGAAGACGGUGUCAAGUUUCUUGCAACAGAAUAA